AUGUCUUCAUAUCAGACAGCUCCAUAUACACAUUUCCAUGAACUAAUCGAUACAUGGACUAAACAUGCACAAUCAAUUGAAACACAAGCAAAAAAUCUAUCGGAAAAAGCACGUGUGCUUGGUACUCCAUCAGAUACGCCAGAAAUUCGAACAAGAUUAGAUGAAGAUGAACGACGUCUUCAUAAUCUUGCAACAAAAACAAAAACUGUAUUAAAAGAAUUAACUGAUGAAAUGAUAAAAAGAAAAAAAGAAUUAUCACGAAAUGAUUUAGAUAUGGUAACAAAAGUAAAAACUGCUAUGAAUAAUGCAUUGAAAAAUUAUGAAGAUGUUAUUACAAGUAUUAGCAAAAGACGUCAACAAUUUCAGCCUACAACUAAUGAUACACUAAUCGAUUUGGGAAAUGCAAAUCUUAGCGAAGAUGAUAUUCAUCAACGUUUACAAUUACAACAACAAAUGAAAAUAAAUAAUAAUUUAUUAGUUCAACAAAAUGAAGAACAGUUUGCUAUAGAAGAACAAGUACAACUUGUACAAGCUGAUGUUAUUGAAAUAAAUCAUAUGAUGCGUGAUAUUGGUGCUAUUGUUUCUGAACAAUCUCCAAUAAUUGCUAAUAGUGAACAAAAUGUUUCAGCAGCAAAUGAUCAUAUAAUUGCUGGUAAUCAACAAUUAUUAGGUGCAUCAAGACAUCAAAAAAAAUAUCGUAAAAAACUUUGUUGGCUUUUACUUAUCUUUCUUGUGAUUGCACUUAUUGUUGCUAUUGUUAUUAUUAUUAAAUUAAAAGCAUAA